GACCUCGGGCCGCGGCGGGGCGACCGCCCGCCCCCCUGCCGGCACGGCGCCGCCGCCCGCUGGCCGGCCCACGUUGCCGCCGGCGGCUUCUGGAGCGCGGCGCGCGCCGCCUGCCUGCAACAAGAUGGGCGUGGGUCAUUCCAUGAACCAGAGCCAGGUGGAGAGUGUGUUGAGCAAUUUCGAGGAUACGAUGAAGGCGAUCAAGGGCAUCGAGCAGAAGGCCGACCGCGUGAACGAGAUGCUGUCCGAGACACAGAGGCAGCAGGACGCCCUGCACGGGCAGAUGGACAGGGGACAAGAGUUCGUGAAGAGCGUUACAGACUCGUUGAACCUGAGCUCCUCGCAGGUCCUGCACUUUCGAGAUUCUGGGUCGGCGGAUUCCCUUGAGGGUAUCGUGGAAGUGGUUGAGAAGCUGGAAGAUACGCUCUACGACCUGGGUUUGAGAGACCUGCCUGGCAAGAUGCAGCGGGAGUUCGGGCCAAUAUUCGUGCCCGUUCUGGUGCUGACGUUGAUCGUGACCGUCAGCAAUUGUGCAUUCGGUUUCCUGCUCGCCACCGAUGCUGAGUUGUCCCUCCAGGGCGGCACCAUGAACAUGGUCAACAUGUUCGCCACGAUCCACGUGGUGCUGAUCGGGCUGGCCGUCCUGCACCUGGUCGUGGAGAUCGUGCUGCGGGUCGUGAAGACCGCCAGGCGGCGCAGGGCCGCGAGGUCGCGGGAAGAGCAGCUGCAGGCCGUCGGCGACGACCGGGCCGAGCACUCCGCCGAAGAUCGAAGAGGAGUCUCCGCAGCCGCGGCCGCGGGCGAACUCCGACCCUGGCGUCGUCACGGGGACGCAGAGCGAGAGGAGCACCGACGUGCACGCGAGGGCGGUCACCGCGGAGCAGACCAAGGCCGAGGCCAAGAUGUUGUCCAACCCCAACAGAGCUUCGCCGUUGCAGGACUUGACUGCCGCAAGAGCCACAAGUCCGUGGCGAGCAGAGACACGGAGGGCUCGUUCACGCAGGGCAGCCCCAAGAGGACCCCCGGCCACCAGCCAGGAGGGCCAGAGCGCCGGCCAGGCCGCGAGGAGCAGCCACGCGAGCCCCGAGGACCCGCCGCGCAGCCCCGCGAGGCCCAAGGCGGCGAUCUCCGGCAUGCUGCGGGCCGCGCUGCAGACGGGGUCCGUGUCGAUGACCAGCUACGACGGCCGGAGCUCCCUCACGCCGUCCGAGAGCAGUGGGCCGCAGGCGGACCGCAUCGUGAGCGCGUUCCACGCCAUCAGGAAGGGCAUGGAGAAGGUGUCGGGGAGGGCCAAGGGCGACUCCUUGCGCGGCGCAGUGACGCCGACGCAAAGCGACGUAGUCAGUGAACCCAGUGCAACUCCUCGGGCGGGAACCCUCAAUGACAACGGCAUGGACGCAGAUCACGGUGAUGGUCCUAGCGUCAGUUCGAUCUAGGUGCACGCGGUCUCGUUUCAUUUGUUUCACUUUUGCUCUGGUAGUGUUUCCUUCUGGUCGUUGUGUUUAUUUCGUCACUCCCUGACGGCACUCUGGAGGAGCAGCGAGGAGAGGAGGCCUGGCAGGCUGUAGGGCGUUGCCGUUGCCAAGGGCAUGAGGAGGUGUUCGCGCCCGUGCCCCGUGCUGCUGUCACGCGAUCGUCCCCGUGCGGCCGCUAUUUCGGCGCUUACGCCGUGGCCCAGCGCUUCGGGGGCGCUCCUGGCACCGCCCAGGCCGCGCAGGCGCCCUCCACCAUUGGCCGAGGCACCCACUUGCCAGGGCCCUGGCCCAGCUCUUCUGGUGGGCUUGGCCCCCCCCCCAGCCUGGAGCGAGUCUCUUGCUAAGAUUCGCGAUGGCGCCCGUCAGAACCAACGGAAUUGCACGGAAACCUCGAACCUCGAGCCUCGCGCGGCCCUUGGAGGUCUCGGGCGCUCCCGCGGCCCUCCCCGUCGUCUCGCCUCCUCACUGUCCUCCUCAUGUUCCAGGUCCUCUUCCUCUCUGCAGUGCGGCGCGGCCUGGCAACGCAAAGGCAGCCAGGACCGGCCGGCAGAGGUCCGUUCCCCCGCCCGUCUGAGUCAGCGGCUGCGGCUUGCAGGCCCGGGGGUGUUUCACUACCUACGCAGGCAGCACCGGGGACGAAAGAAAGUCAGCCACGGCCUCCUGCCCGCGAGCUCCGCGAGGCCCGAGUCGUCCUCGGCAAGUCGGUCUGGGCACGGCCGCUGGUUAGUCCCUGCAAAGGUCGCGCCUCCGGGUUCUGGAAGCGCGCAGCGGCCUCGCCAGGUGUGGCCAGGGGCAAGUUCGGGGGGGG